AUGUACCAAAGAAAAUCACGAGAGCCCAUUCAAUUUUAGAUGUUUGUGUCUAUUCUGGUAUUGAAAUGUUGCAAUUACCGCUGCUUUAUGAAUUAUAACAGUUCGCCCAUGCCAUUAUGAGUAAAGUUGAUCAAGUACGUGGGGUACUACGUAAUCUUAUAAUCGAAUCGCAGGCUCCGUACACGCCAGACAUCAUUGUGAGACAUUUUCGUGCCACACACGAACGGCGUCUCUCAUCGAACGAGCUUCUGCAUUUACUUGCAACCAUAAGCCAAAAGCGUCCAAACUUUCAAACUGUGAUCACUGAGGUCACACAUAUACUUAAGACGAAGGAUCCUAUGUAUGCUCUGCUUGUAUUCGUCGAGCGAUACAGCUGCGAAGAUAGCCACUUAAAGGUUGAAAUGCCAUCACCAACCACUCAGAGCAGUACUGGCUCUCCUGUCAGUGCCAUGUCUUCGCUUAGCAUGGUUCAAUGCGCGUCGACGAGGAGUCUUUCUGACGAUAGUGCAAUACAUACAAUGUCGCAAAGUAUUUCCACAUCGACUCCGAUGAAUUAUCGUAGAAGCGAAAGUUUCCCAGUCCUCUACACUGGAGCAUUAUGUGGACGACGCAACCAGAAUCUAAAACUAUACCAUCAGAAGCAGAAAAAUGAUCCAGAACGCGCAGAUUUGAGCGUGAUCAAAGAGCGCGUGCUGAUGGCAGUUUCCAGCAGUUCGAAGACUAGCGACCGUCGUCUUGGAAGCACAGAAGUUGGAUCGACGAAGUCAUCCGUCAGGAUUAAGACUUGUAACUCCUUUCUAAUGGCAGUGACAUGCUUGCCGGAUGAGUAUCGCACACACAUGCUCUGGGAUUACUGCAAAGUGGAAGGUAACAAAAUGGUAAAGCCGGAGCUUGGCGCCCUGCCUUUUGCAAGCCAGCAGCAAGUCCUUCUAAAAGAGCUAUUCCAUUGUCUGUGUGGCACUCGUGGAAACUUUAUUGUCCCUCUGCCGCCAGAUAUGAUCAGUACAGGAAUUGCCAAGUAUGAAACAAAUUUCAAUAUCCAUGUGCACCUGGAUAAAUCGUUAACAGAGCCGCUGCAGGAUAUUCUUCCCCUGGCCUCGUACUUUAUGGGCAUCCAAAAGAUGAUGGCGGCAACUGAUGGUCACGGGCAGGUCAUUAACUCUCUUAAUGCGGCGCUCCAAGAUCUGACCCAGGAUUUCUACGUACUGGUUGUACAAUCUGAGAAGGAGCUGCAGCAGCAAGAGUUGACGGUUCAUAAGCUUCUGUACUACUUAGAGCCGACCAUCUGGGUGAUGAAGGAGAUAUGGACGACUUUAGUGGAUGUGCAACUAAAAGAGUUCGUGGGAGCUGCAGUACUGACACAUUUACACGGGCGGAUAAAGCGGUUGGAAGGGGACGGGGCAGCCCAGCAGAUAAUGAUUAAUCUCACGCAUCAGGCAGCCAAGCCGUACAUGCGAAUGCUGCAGCUUUGGAUCCAAAAAGGAGUUAUUGUAGACCGCAACCACGAGUUUCUGGUGGAGGAUAACGAGGUUGUCCACCAAGGCGAGCUGCCGGAACAUUAUUCGGACGAUUAUUGGGAAAAGCGCUACACAGUCCGUCGCGAUCGGAUCCCUUUCUUCCUAGAAAAGUACUCCGACAAAAUAUUGCGAACCGGCAAGUAUUUAAAUGUGAUCCGACAGUGCGGAAAGCGAGUAAUGCCCACUCAGAAAAUGGAGCUCCACCUCGAUCCGACCAACGAGCGACACGUGUAUGUAAUCAACGACGCCUAUUACUUUGCCGCCCGCAUGCUGCUUGACGUUCUUCUCACGGAAAACGACCUUAUGGGGCAUCUGCAGUCAGUAAAAAACUAUUUGUUGCUGAACCAGGGGGACUUCACCAUGCAAUUUAUGGACGCCUGUGAGGACGAGCUAUCUAAGAAUGUAGACUUGGUGCUGCCCAUGACCCUGGAGAAUCUACUGGGUCUUACAUUGAGACUAUCUUCGGCCCGCAAUGAUCCCUACAAAGAUGACCUACACUGCGAGCUUCUCACCUACGACUUGGUUACACAGAUGUCAAAGAUCAUGAACCACAAGGAAGAAUAUUGGCAGUCGCAGGAUCGCCUGGACCUUAGUGGUCUAGAGUGUUUUGCCUUUACCUACGAAGUCAAGUGGCCUGUCUCGCUCGUCCUCAAUCAUAUCGCCAUUUCAAAGUACCAGAUGCUGUUUCGUCAGCUCUUCUUUUGCAAGCACGUAGAGCGUCAGCUUUGCAAGAUUUGGAAAGAGAACUCCAUUGCAAAAAAGUUCUCGGCACAGGCCGCUGAGCUGUAUCGAUCGGCAUUUACUCUGCGCCAGCGCAUGAUGAAUGCCAUUCAGAACCUGGAGUACUAUAUGAUGAUUGAGAUCAUAGAACCAAAUUGGCACAUAUUUAUCGAGAAAAUGAAGAAGGUCGAGAAUGUGGACAACGUACUAGGACUGCAUCAAGACUUCCUGGACUCGUGUCUCAAGAACUGCAUGCUGACUGAGUCCUCUCACUUAAAUCGAGCCAUAUUUAAGUUGUGCAAGAUCUGCCUUAAGUUUUGUGACUUUAUCCAGCACUCUCAGCGUUUCUUUCUCGACGCUGAGCUCAAGUCAAUGGUCUGUGAUAGCAGCGACGACAGUGUCGACGUUGAGCAGGGAAACUCGAGUUGGCCACAGUUGGAGACAUCGUUGGAUCCGACAGAUACGUUUUCGGAGCGCAUCAAACUCUUCGAUCUGGAAUUCACCGGACUGCUGAUAUCUUUCCUUAAGCAAAUUAACAAUAUGGCUAAGAAGAACACCUCCGAUCGCUUUAUGAAUCUAGUGCAUCGAAUCAACUUUAACGGCUUCUAUUCCGAUCAAAUGGAAAAGCUCUGCGUCAAAGAUGCCAUGGGUUAAGCCAUUCAUUUGCCAUUCAUUAAAAGCAGUAAGAAAAUCAUAGAAGCUGAAAGUAAAACAAAAGUCC